AUGUCUCAGUCACUUGCCGCUUUCCGAUCUGGGAGGAGUGACGAGCUCCGGAAGCUCGCGGAAGAGCACUUCCAGCACGAUUUGAACGAAAAUGACCGCGAUAUCUUAAAGACCGCAGGGAGCAAAGUUUCAACCCAUGCCACGGUCGGCUCGCUGCUGGGUCUUGGUUUCGGCGUCUUGUGCGCUUUUAGACUUCGAAAGAUGCGAUUGGCCUACUUCAAUGCCUUCAGAGCUGUGGAGAAGCCCGUCGAGGUUAAAUUUGCGGAUGGCCGUACACAACCUAUCCCAGAUCUCACUGCGCAGCUUGCGCCUUCGAAAUGGGGCGAUGCCGCUACCUAUUUCUUCUUCUCGAUUGGAGGCUUGUUUCUAGGUGGUGAAACAGGUCUUCUUUCAGGCACUGCAUCAGCGUCACGCACUAUUACAAAGAACCCUGAGGCCAAGGAGCGGAUAGAAAAGGCGUGGAAGAACUAUCGCAUUGAUGUGAUGAAGCAGGAGAUUAAGCAGUUGGAGGGAAAAUCAAAACUUGAACAGCUUUUCAGCUGA